CGAUUGAAUAAGAAGCAGAGUGGAGUGGAUGAGCAAGUACAGCACCAUUGAAUUAGGCUAUCAGGCUAUUAGCAGAAGCAUUAGGAAGAAAUGAAUCCGAGCUGGAGUGGGCGCUGGCGUGGGCUUUAGCUUGCAUUUGCUGUGAGUAAUAAGUUAUAAUUAAUUAAUAAUAGGACCAAUACUAAUACAAGCAGGGAGGGAGAAAAGGAAAACGAAUGGGAGAUGGCCGAUCAUUGAGCAAGACAGGCUGAGUCGGUGACUCGGGGAAGAAGAAGAAGGAAGAAAGCAGAAGAAGAAGAUGAUGAUGUUGGCACCGACUGGUUUGGUUCCUCGUCAUCCCACACUCACUCCUCUAUCAUUUACCUUUACGAGUACCAACGACGAGUACCCAUCCAGGCUCUGGAUUGGAUUCAGGGGCAAAGAGCAGCAAGCAGUGCGGUUGUUGAGGUUCGGAACAUCUCAAAACUCAUCAUCGCAUCUUCGCAGACGUGGUUCCCCCUCAACAACAACAAGUAGAUGUUCCAAGGCAGAGCCUACUUCCAAAAGUAAAGCUGUUUUCAUAGACGACAGCCCCAUAAUAACAGACACCGACCAAGGCAUGGAAAACCUUGGAAUUUUGAGCAUCGAUCAAUCCUUGCAACCACACAAGGACCACUUCAACUAUAGAAUCAACAGAUACCUGGAUCAGAGAAGGCUUAUUGAGACGUACGAAGGAGGUCUACAGGAAUUUGCUCAAGGUUAUUUGAAAUUUGGAUUUAACAGAGAAGAAGGUGGAAUUGUGUACCGUGAAUGGGCCCCUGCCGCUCAGGAGGCACAACUUAUUGGGGACUUUAAUGGAUGGGAUGGUUCCAAACACAAGAUGGACAAGAACCAAUUUGGGGUUUGGAGUAUCAAGAUACCCGAUUCUGGUGGAAAUUCAGCCAUUCCUCACAAUUCAAGGGUUAAAUUCCGGUUCAAGCAUGGAGAUGGAGUUUGGGUUGAUCGCAUCCCUGCUUGGAUUCAAUAUGCCACCGUGGACCCAGCAAGGUUUGCAGCACCUUAUGAUGGUGUCUACUGGGAUCCACCACCAUCAGAAAGGUUUCAGUUCAAGUAUCCUCGUCCUCCAAAACCCAAGGCUCCACGAGUAUACGAGGCACAUGUUGGAAUGAGUAGCUCAGAACCCCGCAUCAGUUCAUAUAGAGAAUUUGCUGAUGACGUUUUACCGCGUAUCCAAGCAAAUAACUAUAACACAGUCCAGUUGAUGGCCGUGAUGGAGCAUUCCUAUUAUGCAUCAUUCGGUUAUCAUGUGACAAACUUCUUUGCCGUCAGCAGUAGAUCUGGAACACCUGAAGACCUUAAAUAUCUAGUUGACAAAGCCCAUUCCCUAGGUUUGCGGGUAUUGAUGGAUGUUGUUCACAGCCAUGCAAGUAACAACAUUACUGAUGGCCUCAAUGGCUUUGAAGUUGGUCAAAGCUCACAAGAGUCCUACUUCCACACAGGAGAUAGAGGCUAUCAUAAGUUAUGGGAUAGCCGACUUUUCAACUAUGCUAAUUGGGAAGUUCUCCGCUUCCUUUUAUCCAACUUGAGGUGGUGGCUGGAGGAGUUUAAAUUUGAUGGGUUUCGAUUUGAUGGAGUAACUUCAAUGUUAUAUCAUCACCACGGGAUAAACAUGGCAUUUUCAGGGGAUUAUCAUGAGUAUUUUAGUGAGGCAACAGAUGUUGAUGCUGUUGUUUAUUUGAUGCUUGCCAACCAUCUGAUCCAUAAAGUUUUGCCAGAUGCAACUGUAAUUGCCGAAGAUGUUUCUGGUAUGCCCGGACUUGGUCGGCCUGUCUCUGAAGGUGGCAUUGGCUUUGAUUACCGGCUGGCAAUGGCCAUCCCUGACAAAUGGAUUGACUAUGUGAAAAACAAGAGUGACGAAGAGUGGUCAAUGAAGGAAAUUUCAUGGAACUUGACAAAUAGGAGGUACACUGAGAAGUGUAUCUCCUACGCUGAAAGUCACGAUCAGGCAAUUGUGGGUGACAAGACAAUUGCAUUCUUUUUGAUGGAUAGAGAAAUGUAUUCUGGCAUGUCUUGUUUAGUUGAUGCUUCUCCUACCAUUGAGCGAGGGGUUGCGCUUCACAAGAUGAUACAUUUCUUGACUAUGGCAUUAGGUGGCGAGGGGUAUCUCAAUUUUAUGGGAAAUGAGUUUGGCCAUCCUGAAUGGAUCGACUUUCCAAGAGAAGGCAACGGGUGGAGUUAUGAGAAGUGCAGACGCCAGUGGAACCUGGUGGAUACAGAUCAUUUGAGAUAUAAGUUUAUGAAUGCCUUUGACAAAGCUAUGAAUUUGCUUGAUGAGAAGUUUUCAUUCCUUUCGUCAACAAAGCAGAUAGUGAGCAGCACAAAUGAAGAAGACAAGGUUAUUGUCUUUGAGCGUGGGGAUUUAGUUUUUGUGUUCAAUUUUCAUCCAAAAAACACAUACGAAGGGUAUAAAGUUGGGUGUGACUUACCUGGGAAGUACAGAGUUGCACUAGAUAGUGAUGCUUGGGAGUUUGGUGGCCAUGGAAGAGUGGGCCAUGAUGUAGACCACUUCACAUUCCCAGAAGGAAUACCGGGGGUUCCUGAAACAAAUUUCAACAACCGUCCCAACUCCUUCAAAAUACUCUCACCGGCUCAAACAUGUGUGGUUUAUUAUCGAGUGGAUGAAAGUGAGGAGGCAGAUGCGGAGGAGACAUCAAUAGAAGAGGAAGUUGGGGUUGGGCAGGAGAACUUUGAAGAACAAACUGUUCCCAUAAAUGAUGACAAUGCUGUUGGUCCAAGAGCACAAGAGAGUGACCAAGGGUCAUCGUCGGACUGACAUUUUUUGCUCUUUGUAGAUAUAAUCUGUGGCCUGUGCCUGCCUGUGGGUGUGAACAAUAAAAAUAAUGAGUGUUAAACGCUCUCUAGAAGUUUGUACAACUUGCAUAAUGCAGAUGAAGUUGCAGACUAGAAUGUGUAUAUAUACAUGAAAAUAAACAAAUUUCCAUA